UUAGUUGCAACAGUUUUGGUGCAGAGAGGAACAAUGAAGAUAAGAACAAUGGUAGUGGCAGGAGAAGCAUUUGGGAAGAUAAAAAAGAUGAUAAAUAACCAGGGUCAGGCAGUAAGAACAGUGACCCCCUCAUUUUGUGCGGAGGUUUAUGGGUGGUGGGAGCUUCCUCAGGCUGGAGAUGAGGUUAUUGAGGUCAAGAGCAUGAGGAAAGCUCAAGAACUGAUCACAAUAUCUGUAGCAGACAGGAAAGCCAAGGAGAUAGAAAAAUUUAUUCCCAUGAUUGAAAGGCUGCAAGAGGAGCAGAAAGAGAUUCGGAAGAAAUUAAUGGAAGUGAAAGCUGAAAGCUUCUUCAAGUUCAUAUUGGCCCGAAGGAAAAUUACAAAGGACGGGGACCUCCCAUCAACGCUGGGGGAGUGCAAUCUACCAAUAGUUCUUAAAGCUGAUGUAUGUGGCUCCAUUGAAGCUCUACUAGAAAUGUUUUCAACAUUCGAUUCACAGCUCUGUGAACUGCGGGUCGUUCAUCAUGAAGUAGGCCCUGUUAAUGAAGCAGAUGUCAAUUUAGCCGAAAGUUUAAAUGCUGAAAUUUUUAGUUUUAAUGUUCCGGUUUCUGAAGAUCUUAGAAGGAAAGCUGAACAGGCAAAUGUUGUAAUAAAGGAAAACAACGUGAUAUACACGCUGAUAGACGAGCUAAACGAGAGUGCUAACAGUCGAAUUCCACCUUUCAUGGAAGAAGAUAAAAAAGGUGAAGCAGAAGUCUUACAAGUCUUUGAGUAUAAAUUUAGGGACACAACGCGAAUGGUUGCUGGGUGUAGAUGUACUCAAGGAAACCUGCAAAGGAAACUUGAAUAUAAGGUUCUCCGAAAUGGGGAAGAAGUUUAUAAAGGUAAAUUAGACUCAUUGAAACAUCACAAAGAUGAAGUUGACACUAUUUCGUCAGGAAAAGAGUGUGGAAUUUUAGUCAGUGAUGAAGAUUUCAUCUUUGAGCAAGGAGAUGUUAUUGAGUGUUUUGACUGGAAAGUUGUAAAGAAGACAGUUGAUUGGGCUCCAGAUUAAAUUUUCAAGCAUUGUGAUUAAUUUAAAAAUGGAAAAAGUUUGGAUCUUUGACUUAUUUAUUUCUCUUUAUGAUUGGAGAAUUUCAUUAUGGAAUGAAUGAGUUAAAGGAUAUGUAAGAAAUGUGAGUUUCAUAUCUAAAUUAAAGCAAAUUGAUUGCUAGUAA